GGGCCACUUAGAAAACAAGAUAUAAAGGAGAGCAGAAUCUUGGAAAGGCAGCCAGAAUUUCUGUGUGUUUCGGCUUUCAAUGAACAUGGGUGGAUUCCUAACAGGCCGUCAGUGUUCCACGUGCAUGGAGAAUCUAAAGGACCACAGUUUUUGGGACUUAUUUAGGACACGGGUGAGAAAGUACUUUUGGCUCAUCCCUGUCAUUGUUAUUGUGCUUACUUUAUUGAUCAUUUACUGCUCAUGGGCCCCACCAGAGCUUGACUGCAAGUGCCCUAAAGACCAAGCCAACAUCUCCGAACUGGAGGCGGAAAACCUGAGGCUGAGGAAGCAGCUGGCCAAGAUGGAAAAGGAGAUGCAGAAGUUCAAAAGUGUUACGGGCCAGACUGGAAAAAAAACUUUGCAACUUUUGGAAAAGAAGCAAGAAGAAGCCGAUGCCCUGAGCAAGGAAUUGUCAGUUUCCAACCAGUCUCUUGUACUAACCAGACAGCUUCUGGAGAAGGAAAAGGAGAAAGCCCAAAGCUUGCAGAGUCAACUGGAGAAUGCUCAGGAGCUCAGAGAUUCCUGUCAGAAACAGCUGAACACAUUGGAAGAAAAACUCAAGUCUUCAGAUAGUAAAGCUGAAGAAUACAAAGAUAAAACAGUGAAGCUUCAGUUGCAGAUAGAACAAGAACAGAGAAACCAAGAUAGUUUUAUAAAGGAAAGAGAGGCAUACCAGCACAGAAUCGGAGAGCUAAAUGACCAGAUUGCGUGGCCGCGGCAGAAAGAUAGUUCCACACAAAAUACCUUAGAAUAUUAUGGAUCCAAUGCGGUAUGGGCGUUUGUGAUUUUGGGCCUUCUCAUCUGCUAUGUCACAUGUUGCAGAUAAGAGUGUUAGCAUUGCCAUUCAAGAAAGUCCUGGGGUAAACUACGGACACUGCUGCAGCUUGAAAACGAAGUACUGCUUGUGGGAAAGAAACCACUACUCCUUCUUAUUUGAUCAUUUGAAAAAUAAAUGUCUUUGUCAAGUACUGGAUUUGUUUCCCGACAGAGAUAUAUU